AUGUACGGCCGUCGCCAGGAAGGUUCUAUAUGGCCGGCGACGGUGGCAGCAAUGACAUGGAUUGCCUUGGCCUGCACUGCAGCCUUGUAUGGAGCGGGAGUCUGCUCAGUCAUCACCUUCCUCCUGAUAUGCACUCUGCCCUCCACAUACUCCGACUUCCCGCCCCGUGCCCUGGCUGAGAGCACCUUCACCGACGACGCCAAGCGAGAAAGGGAGAAGUCUGGUUACGCGUACUACGCGAAGCACAAAGAUAGCAAUGGCCGGCUCAAAGUGGACGCCAGUGUCCAGAUCGUGGUCCUGGGAGACAUUGGCCGCAGUCCUCGCAUGCAAUACCAUGCCUUGAGCAUCGCCAAACAUGGCGGCAAAGUCGACUUUAUCGGAUACAUGGGAGCGCAAGUUCAUCCUGACAUCCUGAAGAGCGCGUUCAUCGACAUCGUCCCGCUCAAGCCAUUCCCAGCAGCACUGCAGACCAGUAACAAGCUACUCUUCCUACUGGUAGCACCACUGAAACUGCUUUACCAAGUAUUCGGCCUCUACUACACUUUGGCCUACCGAACGAAAGCCUCAAGAUGGAUGCUGAUACAGAAUCCACCUUCGAUCCCAACACUAGCCAUAUGCCAAGCAAUCUGCUUCCUCCGCAACACCAGGUUGGUGAUCGACUGGCAUAACUUUGGCUACUCCAUCCUAGCACUUCGCCUGACUGCCAAACAUCCGCUAGUCAGGAUCUCAGAAUGGUAUGAGGGCUUCUUCUCGGCUCAUGGGGUACACGCCCACUUCUGCGUCACGAAUGCAAUGAGCAGAGUUCUGAAAGACAAGUGGGGCAUUGAGAAUGCUCUCCCACUGCACGACAGGCCAGCAGAGAUCUAUCAGCCAUUGUCAAUCGAGCAACGAGCAGCAGUACUACGGCGUCUCCCUGGCACAUCAGAACACGCGAACGAUAUCCUCGAAGGCCGCUGCAAACUGCUUGUGAGCUCUACGUCCUGGACGCCCGAUGAAGACUUCUCGAUACUACUAGAUGCUCUGGUGCAGUAUUCCGCCGCGGUAGCAGCCGACAACACUCUACCAAACAUCAUCGCGAUCAUUACAGGCAAGGGUCCACAACGAGAUCACUACCUCCGCAAGAUCGAAGCACUGACGCGGGAAGGCAAGCUACCUUAUGUUAUGGUCGCCACCGCCUGGCUCAGUCCAGAGGACUACGCUGCCCUUCUAGGUGCCGCGGAUCUUGGCGUAUCGUUACAUACCUCUUCGUCCGGUGUUGACCUGCCGAUGAAGGUGGUAGACAUGUUCGGAACAGGUCUACCCGUGGUCGGCUGGGGUGACUUCGAGGCAUGGCCGGAACUGGUCAAGGAGGGCGUGAAUGGCAAAGGCUUUGACAGCGCGGACAAGCUUGCGUCGAUUCUAAAGGAUCUGCUUGGCGAUGAUGGGAGUGGCCUCAUGGAGCUUGAAGAGCUGAGCCGUGGCGCUAUGAAGGAAGUCAGGAGGAGAUGGGAGGACGAGUGGAUGCCUGUGGCUGGGAAAUUGUUUCAGCUUCACUGA